AUGGUGGUGAACUCAUUCCGCGGUGCAUCCGAUUCGACGCCACGAGCCGCCGCCGACCGGAGUCAGCUGACGAGCCGCUGGAACAUGGCGUACGGCGGUGAACCGACGAUCCCUCUCGGGCCGGGCUACGGACCGUUCGACGGAGGUCCUCCGAUGGGGGCGCUCUACCACUCCGUGCACCACCCGCUGGUGGCCGCGGCUGACGGUUCGCCGGGAUACGGCACAAAGUUCAGCUCGGGUGCCGGUGCCGAGUCCUACGGUGGCAGCAGUGGCCCCGGCGGCUACGACUAUCACUCCCCACCGGUAGGCCCCUCAGGUCCGCACAUCAUACACCACCCCCUGCCACCGGCGCCACCACCCUUUCUAUCAACACCCUCGUUUGGGAAGCCGGGCAGCCGGCGCAAGGGAGCGGCCCUGUCCGCGCUGACACUGCUGGCGUUCCUGUACUUCCUCAACCUGCUCCAGAACUGCCUGAAGGAGCACAUGGUCACCAUGAACCCGACGGUGAUGGUGAUGACCUCGGGUGCCACUCGCCGGAAGGACAUCAGCUCGGAAGGGGACCGCAGCUCGGAACAGGAGGAUCCCCGAGCCGGAAGCGACGAAGCCGCGCUGGUGGACGAGUACGAGGCACUGACCGGCCACUACGAGCUUCUGACGUCCUCGAACCGCUCGCCCAAUCCGUACCUCCGGCGGUCAACGGAGGCGCCUUACAAGAAACCGGAAACACCUGUCCGGCAUCCUGCCCCACAGUGGUACGGACCGGACCACGCCGGAAGCGAUUGGCAGCGGUAGAGCGGCGUGCGGGUUCUUCAAUCCCCGGCAAUCCGGCCGAAAGUUAAGCAUAAUAAAUAAACAUUGGCAAAGUGCGCGAAGUGAGUACCGAGUCCUGACCACGAAAGUUCCACUUCUUCGGCCGAACGCGGAACGCGGUGGCGUUAGGAAGCAAUGUCCGGCCGGCCCAAAAGCGGAAGCACGGCGUG